GGGCAACACAUUUGCCAGAAUGCAGCAGGGGGACACUGGCACGUCCGGCCCACCUCAAAGUGACAGGAGCGGAGCAUCCCAGCAAUGGAACGUUAAUUCUCGCUCCCUGCGUGUAGCACACAGGGGGACGGAGGGUGUUAAUGACUAGAGUGAUAUCUCCUUUCAAAACAAAUAUCUGGAAAGAGCAAAGAAGAACGAAAUCUGGCCGCUCGGACUUGUUGCAUCAAAGUUGUUGGCCAUUGUGUCUCAAGUGUCUUUCAGACAGUCAGGUGACUACUUCAGGCUGUGCAUCUCUCUGAAGAGGACCUUACCUGAGUUCUGUGGGGCAACCGAAUGUGAGUUCAGCUGCUCUCUCUCCAUCUAUUCGGUUUCAGUUAACAGAGUGGUGUGGUUGCACCUAUCCAGGAGGGCUUACAGAGGGAUCGGGACAAAGCGGAUAGUCAGAUGUCUGGCAGAUUAAGAGGGCUUCGGGACCUCUGCUUUUUUGGGGGGGAGUGACCCGUGUAAUAAAAAUUGAUUCCUGACAUCAAGGCCAGUCAGACAAGCUUGUGUCUCUCUGUUGAGGUGAUACUGGGCACCUUUUUCCUUUCCUUGAAUGAACACUGGACCUGGCUUUGGAAAAUGUUAGAGGUUUAAACUGAGGUUCCUCUGUGGUUUGACGCUGACAGAAAAACACUUGCCGGGUGUUUUAUGGACAAAAAAAUAUCCACACAACCAGCUUAGCUAUCUGAUAUUCCAUACAGCCGCCAGAGCAGUCUGACACAGAAUCAAUCAGAGAACGUGGAUGGCAAGAGUUUGAGGACUGGAAAGGAAGAGUGAGUGAGUGAGCUACAGGAGAGCGAAUAGUGGAGUGAGUGAGUGAGUGAGCUACAGGAGAGCGAAUAGUGGAGUGAGUGAGUGAGUGAGCUACAUGAGAGCAAAUAGUGGAGUCAGUGAGUGAGCACUUAUCGUCCGUCCUCGGGGACAGAAACUUUCCACCAGCGCAAUCCAACAACUUCUGUUCAAAGACCCCGAGAGCUGGUGGCUGCAGUCUGUUUUCUCUCACUCCUUCUCCUCUCAAUUUCUUCCACUUGGAGGGGCAAUAAAUAGCCACAGGUGUGCGGAACUGCCAUCUAAUCUGAACUUAAUUUAACACUGCCACAAACAAGAUAUCCGGCAAAGGCGAUAGAAAGAAAGCUGUGACCCUCCCUCACUCUCUCUCUCGCUCUCUCUCUCAGCUCAAUGAGGAAGUGACAAGAGUGUGUGGCCUGGAGAGUCAGGUCUGCACCCAGAGGAGAGGGUGAGGCGUGGAGCAGCCAGAGAGGGUGUGAAGUGGGGUGGACGUGUGUCUCCUUGUCGUCCAGCUAGAGGGGGAGCAGUGGCUUCUCCAGCCUGUCUGCAGCUCACCACACAUUAAAAUAACCCAACACCCACCAGAGGGAGGCUGCUGCCCAGCGGGUGURAGGACUGGACACACUUCAAGAGAGGAGCCCACCACCAGACUGAUAGAUUGGAGUGUAAGAGCACACUACGGGAGAGCUUUUCUCUACUUUUACAGAGUGAAGGACUGAGAGGAGUUGAUUUGCCAAACAAGAUCCCCUUUGCACCAUGCCUCUGAGAGACUCAGUCACGCUGCUGCUCUGGAGUUGCUGCGUACUACUGCUUGUCCACCAAUGCGAGGGUCAAGUUCUAAAUUGCACGUGUAAUGUGACCAACAGUCGGUGUGAGGAGAAUGCGGUGUGCAGCUGUGACCCGGGUUGGGAGGGGCAGCAGUGCGACGUCUGUGUUAGAAUGCCAGGCUGUGUCCAUGGAUCAUGUCACCAACCCUGGCAAUGCACAUGCGAGCCCGGAUGGACGGGACGCUUCUGCGACAAAGAUAUCCAUGUGUGUACAAAUGAGGCACCUUGCCAGAACGGCGCCACUUGUUACACAAACAUUUCAGGGGAAUACUCCUGCCUCUGCCCCAAUGGAUUUUACGGGAGGAACUGUGAGCACAAGACAGGACCCUGUCAUAAGAUCGGCAGGUCUCCAUGUAAGAAUAGAGGGCAGUGUGAGGACAGUAGCGGCUAUGCACCAGAACUCUCCUGCCGCUGCCUGGCAGGCUUCAGUGGGCCGCGUUGCGAGACCAACAUGGACGACUGCCUAAUGCGUCCCUGUGCCAAUGGUGCCACCUGCCUGGAUGGCAUCAACCGCUUCUCCUGCCUCUGUCCCGAGGGCUUCACGGGCCGGUUCUGCACCAUCAACCUCGAUGACUGUGCCAGUCAGCCCUGCCUCAACGGAGGGCGCUGCCUGGACCGUGCCAGCACCUUCCACUGCCUCUGCAAAGCUGGGUUCACUGGCAAGACCUGCGAGGUUCCCCUACAGAGCCCAGAGAGCCAAUCACCCAUCAGGAGCUCCCAUGGCUGGGCUGGGGGAGGAGAGGGCUGGGGCAGGGUGACUCAGGCCAGGCCAGACCAGAUCACAACAGGGGGGAACCAUUCUCAGGGCAGCAGUAACAGUAAUAGUGGAGACAGGYUGCUGAAGAUCUCUGUGAAGGAGGUGGUGACCCAGUGGGGGUCGUCUGGCCUGUCGGAGGUGCAGCUCAUCACCUUGCUGGUGCUGGGGGGUAUGACGCUGGGCGUGGUGGCUCUCACAGCUAGCCUGGUGCUGAGGGGGCWUUGGCAGGACCGCUGUGCCAGCUGCCGGUGCGGUCCCAACCCCCGCCUGCACCCGCUGAGACACAGAGACUGCCAGCCGACCCCGCAGARCCACCUAGUCACAGUGGAGCAGGAGUGUAAGAUCAGCUUCCUGCACACGCCCACGGCCCCCGAACUGGAGAAGAAGAAACUGAACACUGAGUUGAUUUAGGCUAGAUUUACCAUCUCCAUAGCACUGAACACAGGGCAGGAGCAGAGAACAGACUGCUUUCAGCAGAGGGAAAGCCAUGCUCUAAAUCCCAAUCCUGCCUCCAUGACUGAUUGUCUUCAGUACUGACAGUCAAAAUACAGACAACAUACCAAUCUAGGUAUCGAUACCUAGAAAGACGCAGGACCAAGAAGAGACCAGUGGGUAUGUUCAAGGAGAAAUGGUAGGAGAAUGUGUUUGACACUCCUAACAAAAAGAGCAUAGUCCUAAUUUGACGGAUUAUUGCUUGACCACAGGGGUAAGAGGUGCAUAACGAUAAAAUAUACUCAAGUUUUUUGAUGACUUUUGUCACGGACAAUUAAUGUGUAAUUUGUCCAUUCUCAAAAUCUGCUGUUGCGGUUACUUGGCAUGAACUGCAUGUGAGAUAGGCGUACUGACAGACAGCUUUGGAAUGUUAGCCGAGACAAUGCCCUUGCCAUGUCAACCAAAUUGGUGUACCGGUAUUUGUCAAUGCUGUUGUAGUCACAAUAUUAGGCCAAAAUGUUAGACUUGAAUGCAGAUGUGCAAUUCGCCCAUAUAUUUCCAAAUGGGCUCAGACAUCACAGCCUCUGAACAAAUUCCCUGCUUACAGCUCUGCAGUGUACAGAAUUCAGACAUCCAGACAGAAACAAAUAUUACCUGAGUUCAUGUCAUGUUUCAACACUGUACUUUUUAUAUGAUUGGCUAAAGAACUGCAACAUAUACUUUGUUAAAUUAUAAUUGUAUUAUUUUGUAAAAAGUAAUGUCUAUUAUGUCAACAUUGAAACCUAAUUCUGAUCUGCUAUUGCUGUAUGAUGGUUACAGAUGUAGGAUCUUAAUUUGAGCCAGUUUGCUACAGUAGGAAAAUAAUCUUGCAGCAACAAGAAAUGUGAAUUAUUAUGUGGAUUAUAAUUAAUGGACAUUUUUGUGAGGGAAAAUCAAGUCUGAAAUUACUAAAUGGAAAUUAAACUUCAGACGCCUAUUUAAACUUCAAAUACACACGUUUUACAUGUCCUGCGUUGCAGAAAAGUUCCCCCAAAACAGGGUAAUCAAAUUCCCUUCCAUUUCCUAAAUUAAGAUCCUAAAUCUGUAAUAGCGAAUAAGAAUAUGGAUUUGCGCAACUGUAUUUUGAAGUUGUAAAUGUAAUUUAUUGUCUGCAAUUUAUUUGUGGAAUGUGUAUGUGUUCUUUUUUGCAAUGAGUCUUAUUUUUUUAUACUGAAUUGUGUGCAAUAAAGUUGUGAACUAUU